AUGGGAGGUAGAAAGGGGGGAAGAAAAAAGCCCCUGAAACAGCUCAAGAAUCAGACCAAGGAGCUGGCCAAGGAAGAUGAGAUGUUCAAACAGAAACAAAAACAGGAGCAGAAGAAACUGGAGGAGCUAAAAGCGAAGGCCAUGGGGAGGGGACCCCUGGCCUCAGGUGGAAGUAAGAAAUCUGACAAAAAGUAA